AUGGCACAGCAGAAUACGUCUUCAGCAGGCAGGCUUCGGCCAAAUAACAGAAAGCCGCUGAUUCUGAACGCGGCCGUGAUGAACACACCUUCUCAUGUAUCCCCUGGCCUAUGGAGACACCCUACGAACCACUCAGCAGAGUAUACCAACCUGAAGUAUUGGACUGAUUUGGCCCAACGCCUCGACGAUGCCAACUUUCAUACCUUAUUCAUAACCGAUUCGCUUGGAAGCUUCGACGUCUACAAAGGCCCUCACAAUGCUGGCCCUGCAAUUGAGUCCGGGGCUCAAUUUCCCAUCAAUGAUCCUCUACUCCUAGUGCCUUCUAUGGCGGCAGCGACGACAAACCUCGUCUUCGGUGUUACAGCAAGUGUCACUUACGAUCAUCCAUACUCACUUGCACGGCGGUUCUCUACACUAGAUCAUCUGACGAAUGGUAGAGUUGCAUGGAACGUCGUGACUUCUUUCCUUACGAGCGCCGCUCGAAAUCACGGAUUGGAAGAGCAAAUCGAGCACGAUGAACGGUACAGGCGCGCGGACGAGUUUUUGGAUGUUACCUAUAAACUAUGGGAAGGCAGCUGGCGCGACGAUGCGGUUACCAAAAACAUCCAGAGCGGCCAGUAUGCAAAUUCUGAUCUUGUGCAAGAAAUACACCAUAGGGGAAAGUAUUUCAAAGUCCCUGGACCUCAUGUCUGCGAGCCUUCGCCACAAAGGACCCCAUUCAUCUUUCAAGCCGGCUCGUCGAAGGCUGGAAAGGAUUUUGCGGCAAAGCACGCCGAGGCCGUCUUCGUUGGCUCUCAACUGCCCGAGCUUGUCAGGCCGACCGUUGACGCCAUUAAAUCGACAGCGCAAGAAAAGUAUGGGAGAGAUCCUAAUCAUAUCAAGGUCGUCGUGAGUAUCUCAGUGAUUGUAGCAGAGACGGACGAAGCUGCAACCCGGAAGAGAGACGAACUACUAUCAUAUGGCAAUAUCGAGGGGGCCUUGACACUCUUUGGUGGCUGGACAGGCAUCGACAUGUCGAAGUACUCGGACGACGAGGAUUUUCGUUUUGUGAACGACUAUGCGAUCCGGUCUGUCCUUGACAAAUGGUCUUCAACAGUACCCGGCAGUGAGAAUCUGCCCUGGAGUAAGAAACGCAUAGCCGAGUAUAUAAUGCUCGGGGGGUACGGCGCCAAGGUCACUGGAAGUCCAGAGACAGUGGUCAAUGAAUUAGAACGAUGGAUCGAGAUUGGAGGUGUGGACGGAUUCAACUUUGGCUCGAUCACGGUUCCAGGUACAUUUGACGAUCUCAUCAAGUUCGUUCUUCCCGUGCUGAAAGAGCGUGGCUGGCUCAGGGCCGACAUCGAGAAGGACAAGGAAGGCGCCACUGCCCGAGAGGUGUUUCUAGGCACUCCUCGAUUGACUGAAGAUCAUCCAGGCCAUCGAUAUACAUGGGCCCGCGAUGGAGACCGGCCGGUAUUUCCCUCAAACACGGAGUAG